AUGUCCCCUUUUGAGCUCCUGAGUCUGUUUUUCAUUGCGAGCAAAGUUGAAGACGACAAGGAGCCCAAAUAUGACAUCUCGGUGUACAGGAGGGGGGAUCUGCUGGAGGUUCCCCGCACUCUCUUCACACAUUUCGGCAUAUACUUGGGGGACAACAAAGUUGCUCACCUGAUACCUGACAUUUUGCCGGUAAUUUCUAGCAACAAGGCGGCCAUUAAGAGGAUGGUGACCAACAACAGGCUGAUCCUAGGGGUUAUUGCCAAGGUGGCCAGCGUCAGAGUGGAUUCCGUGAAGGACUUCGCCUACGGGGCCGAGAUCCUGGUCAACCACACGGACAAGCUGUGUGGCCGGCGCCCGUUCAGCGGCGAUGAGGUGGCCAGGAGGGCCGAGAAGCUGUUGGGUACCAUCUCCUACAGCCUUCUCUGGUACAACUGUGAACAUUACGUCAUGUACUGCAGAUUUGGCAUCGCGGUGAGCUUUCAGACUUACCAGUUUUGCAAAAAGGUGAGGAGGAUUGUCUGCAGCAAAAAGACGGCGUUCGUCAGCGCCCUGUUAGGGGUCUGUGUGAUGCUGUAUCUGGGAUCCGUUUCAGCGUACACAACGCUUCCUACAGUGUUCAUCUCGUUCACCAUCUGGAUGGCGUCGUAG